UGACGGCCACACAGACUGAGAAACAGAGUAGAAUUCAAAAUUCGAAAUUCGAAAUUCAAAAUUCAAAAUUGAAAUGGCGUCGUCGUCGUCGGACAUGAAGGGUUUUUUCAGAGAGAAGAAGAAAUCGGCAAAGCCAAACAAAUCGGGGAAGCCAAUCAAAUCUGCGAAGCCAAAGCAUUCAGCCUCCUGCGGCUCCGACGUCGUCCAGCCUCCUGCUCUUUUAUCUCACGGUUCUCCCGAUCUUCAAGACGAGGAGUAUGAUGAGGAAGAGAUGAUUCUGAGACAAUUUGACAUGAACAUGGCGUACGGGCCGUGCUUAGGGAUGAGCAGACUAGGGCGCUGGGAACGGGCUAAUGCAUUGGGCUUACAUCCUCCACAACAGGUCCAGAAUCUGCUGAUGGGGAGCAAAAUGAACAACUCUGAAUGCUUGUGGGAUGGUCGUGUUUAACUAAACUAGUGAACAUCCAUCUAGUUGUGUAUGUACACUCUUUUGGCUGGCUUGUUAGUUGUAUUUUUAAAAUCAGACAACAUAUGGCAAACUUCCGAGUUGUUAUUUUUUGUUGAAUUGUACAUGUCCUUUUGAUGCA